AUGUCACCUCGACAGCUUAUACCGACAUUAAUUCCGGAAUGGGCACCAUUAUCCCAGCAAUCGUGCAUAAGAGAGGAUGAGUUAGAUAGUCCCCCGAUAACGCCUACGAGCCAGACAUCUUCAUUUGGUUCUUCUUUUUCUCAACAGAAACCAACCUAUAGUACAAUUAUAGGAGAAAAUAUACACACGAUCCUGGAUGAAAUUCGACCAUAUGUGAAAAAAAUAACUGUUAGUGACCAAGAUAAGAAAACUAUAAACCAAUAUACGCUAGGAGUCUCUGCAGGAAGUGGACAAUUUGGUUAUGUACGAAAAGCGUACAGUUCUACUUUAGGCAAGGUUGUUGCUGUCAAGAUUAUACCAAAAAAACCUUGGAAUGCCCAGCAAUAUUCAGUAAAUCAAGUAAUGAGGCAAAUCCAGCUUUGGAAGAGUAAAGGAAAAAUAACGACAAAUAUGAGUGGUAAUGAGGCUAUGAGACUUAUGAAUAUCGAAAAAUGUAGGUGGGAAAUUUUUGCGGCUUCAAGACUUCGAAAUAAUGUUCAUAUUGUGCGACUAAUAGAAUGCUUGGACUCUCCUUUCAGCGAAUCUAUCUGGAUAGUCACUAAUUGGUGCAGCCUUGGUGAACUACAGUGGAAACGUGACGAUGAUGAAGAUAUUUUACCGCAAUGGAAAAAAAUUGUGAUUUCAAAUUGUAGUGUUUCUACAUUUGCCAAAAAAAUCCUGGAGGAUAUGACAAAAGGGUUGGAAUAUUUGCAUUCUCAGGGUUGUAUUCAUCGUGAUAUCAAACCGUCCAAUAUUUUAUUGGAUGAAGAAGAAAAAGUAGCGAAACUUUCUGAUUUUGGAAGUUGUAUUUUCACUCCCCAAUCAUUACCUUUCAGCGAUGCUAAUUUUGAAGAUUGUUUUCAGAGGGAAUUGAACAAAAUUGUUGGUACUCCGGCAUUUAUUGCACCAGAGCUAUGUCAUUUGGGCAAUUCCAAAAGAGAUUUUGUGACGGAUGGCUUUAAGUUGGAUAUUUGGUCAUUGGGAGUGACACUAUACUGCUUACUGUACAACGAGCUGCCAUUUUUCGGGGAAAAUGAAUUCGAAACCUACCACAAAAUCAUCGAAGUAUCAUUGAGUUCCAAAAUAAAUGGUAAUACUUUAAACGAUUUAGUCAUUAAAAGGUUAUUGGAGAAAGACGUUACUUUACGCAUAAGUAUUCAGGAUUUAGUAAAGGUUUUGUCGCGUGACCAGCCCAUAGAUUCUAGGAAUCACAGUCAAAUUUCAUCGUCCAGUGUGAACCCCGUAAGAAACGAAGGUCCUGUAAGAAGAUUUUUUGGUAGGCUACUGACUAAAAAAGGAAAGAAAAAGACCUCAGGAAAAGGGAAAGACAAGGUAUUGGUAUCUGCAACUAGUAAAGUAACACCUUCGAUACAUAUCGACGAGGAACCGGAUAAAGAAUGUUUUUCGACUACGGUCCUUAGAUCUUCGCCAGACUCGAGCGAUUAUUGUUCAUCGUUAGGGGAGGAAGCCAUUCAGGUUACGGAUUUCUUAGAUACUUUUUGUAGGUCAAAUGAAAGCUUACCUAAUUUGACUGUGAAUAAUGAUAAGCAGAAUUCGGACAUGAAAACUGACAGAAGCGAGUCAUCCUCUCAUUCGUCAUUGAAAAUCCCAACACCUAUCAAAGCCAUGAUAAGACUAAAGAGUUCCCCUAAAGAGAACGGGAACAGAACCCAUAUUAAUUGCUCACAGGACAAACCGAGUUCCCCACUAAUGGAUAGGACUGUUGGAAAGCGCACGGUUAACAAUUCAGGGGCUAGAAAGCUUGCUCAUUCAAGUAAUAUUCUCAACUUUAAAGCAUACAUAAAUUCGGAAGAUAGUGACAUUCGAGAAACAGUAGAAGAUGUAAAAACGUAUCUGAACUUUGCAGAUAAUGGUCAAAUAUAG